CUCCCAGCUGAAAGCCUCUUGCCUUCUCCCAGCAGCUCCUCCUCCUCCUCCUCUCUCCAUCGCUUAGCCGCCAAAGCAGAAGUCGUCGUGUGAGGCAUACAGCUAUCCGAGCGUACCGAGCGUGCGUAGAAGAUAGCAGCAGCCACCACCUCCAUCCACACCUCCACCGCAAGCAAAAACAAGAGAAAGAAGAAGAAGAAAAAAAAAAUCAACCGGCAAACACACCGAACAAAACCGAGACGCGCGUUAGAGUCUACGAAGCUUAUCUCUCCACCACCCUCGCCGCCGCAGCCCAGCCUCUCGUUCCCCCCCUGCAGCCUCCCGUCGGUCAAACCGCGCGCAUCCGGGUUUAUAUAUCGCCCGCCGCGCGCGUGCGAUCUCUCCCUCCCGGUUUGGUUUUGCUCCGCGUGCUGCUCCUCCUUCCCCCGCCUGCCCGUCCAACGAGGUAAAACUAAAGGAAAAUAUUAAAGAGAAAACGCGCCGCGCGCUUCACACGCGUAGCUAGCCUAGCUAGUAGCUGCAACGAGGACAACGUAGCGGCUAGCCACAUCACUCGCGGUGUACUGCUGCCACUGUACGGUGUACUGUGGUGUGUGUGUGUGGGAGAGUGAGACUGUGAGGUUGUGACACUACCUGCGACAAGAGGACCAGGAGACAUGGCAGUGACAGUGUUUGAGACCGCCGAGCAGCGCAUGCCGUUCCACGCCGCCGCCGCUGAGCUGGGCGCCGACGGUGGGAAGGUGGUGGUGGAUGAUGGUGGCAGCGGCGGGCCCGGGCAGGCCGUGCUGCUGCUGCAGGAGACCGACCACGGCGGCGACGACGACGACCGGCCGGAGAGGGACGACGUGUGGAACAUGAUCCAGUCGCAGAGGCCUGUUGUUUCGCCGGUUGCGGCAGCGGGGAAGCAGCAGGCGGCGCCGUACGUGCACCCGCUCGUGCGGAGGUCGUCGAGCCUGCUCAGCCAGAAGAGCCUCGAGAUCUGCACCGAGAGCCUCGGCUCCGAAACCGGCUCCGACGGCUUCUCCGACGCCGAUGGGUCCACCGACCGCUCGUGCCCCGGGUCGGACGAUGACUCCGAUUAUGGCGCGGAGGAGGUGGCCGCGCGCGCCAGCCCACUACGCGCGUUCCCGCCGCCGCUGCCGUCCCUGGCGCGGCGCACGGUGGGGGCGGUGCAGAUGAGGCAGGACCGCCGCGACGGCCGCCUUGUCGUCAAGGCUGUUCCCGUGCCGUCCGCCACCAUGUUUCGCGCGCAGCGCUGUGGCGGGCGCCUGCUCCUCUCCUUUGCCGACACCGCCGCUCCCUCCUCGGACGAGGACGAGAACCAUGGCCAGGAAGAACCCGAGAAGCAGGCUGACGAGCUCGCCCACGACGAGGAUGACGAGGAGGAGGUCGAGGUCGUGGACAGGGGCACCAUUGUCGAGGUCAAGGUCAGCACGCAGCCGCAGUCGCGCAGCAACGGCGGCGGCAGUGUUGGACUGCGGGUGCACCGCUCCUCACUCGUCAUCAACAAGUUCGUCAACGCCGAGCCGACCAUCGCCGCCUCCGACAUCCGUGACACCACCACCGAACCUAGUCCUCCGAGGCGCCCGACCGGGUCCACCACAACAGCAGCCGCAGCACUGGUCGCCGCUUCAGCUCUAAGCGCCACUUCAGCGCCAUCCGGCGGUGAUAGCCCCGGCGGCGAGAGCAAGCUGCUGAUGACGACCUGCAGGCGCCGGCGGAGCAAGGAGGAGCUCAUGAAUCACAUGCGCCGAUGCGGGCAGCUGAGCGGCAAGCUCUUCAUAUGGGAGCCGCGUAUCGCCACCUCCUCCUGAGCCGACCAAGCGCCGCGCUGCCGUCGCCUCCUCUGCUCGCUUGUACCACGAGUGCUCUGCUCUGCUCUGUUCGUGUUCGUAGCUGUUGUAACGUAAACGUGCGUAAUAUUUGUGUUAGUAGCAAGUGAAUCGCCACGUGAUUGGCUUAGCCCUCUGCCUGCCUGUGUCUCCGUGAGUGAGAGUGAGGGAGCUAGAUUUCUUUCGUUUUAUGCAUUCCCCAUGUGCCUCGUUGCAUGCUGUAUCUACUACGAAUUUGCAUGCGUGCUAGUGGUUGCUUUGCUCGUAACUGAUUUAGAUGUGCCAUGUGUCUGAAUCUGAUUAAGACGUGUAAUUUGAAUGAAUUGAGUAAUGAGUCUGAUUAAGGUGUUCGUCUUGCA